AUGAAGAGGAAGGCUAUUUCCAGACUUAAUUUGUUAGCAAACCAGGUAUCAGCUGCGACUCCGAAGUACGUCCAGAGCUGUCUAGAAUGGUGCGGUUUUGACGAGUACCUAACCCCUGAAGAAAUCAAGCACAGGAAUUUUGUCAGGAAGACCCUUGAGGAAGAAGCUGCUCCUAAGAUGGAUAAAUAUAUACAUUCCACUGAGUUCCCAUUUGAGCUAGUUGAUGUAAUCAAGAAGCUGAAGAUCAAUGGGACUAUUAAUAAAGGAUAUGGCUCAGCAGAGUUGUCUCCAAUGAUGAUGGCUGCUGCCUAUGUGGAGCUGUUUAGAGUUGACGCUAGCUUGGCAACUUUCUUCCUAGUCCAUAACUCACUUGGAAUAGAUGCAUUGUAUCUAACUGCUUCCAAGAAGCAGUUAGAUGAAAUAAUGCCCAAAGCUAUGACCUUAGAAAAGAUCCUCUGCUUUGGGUUAACAGAGAAGGAUUAUGGUAGCGAUGCAACCAGCCUUGAGACCACUGUAACUAAAACCAAGGGAGGAUACAUCCUUAAUGGCAACAAGAGAUGGAUUGGAAAUGCAACCCAUGCCGAUUACGUUGUCUGCUGGGCUCAAGGAGCCUCUAAGAAAGGGAUUGAAGGCUUUAUUGUUGAUCUCAAGAGCAAAGGAGUCACCACUGAAAAGAUCGAAGGGAAGAUGUCCCUUAGAGCAGUUCAAAAUUGAAAUAUCUUCUUCGAUAGUGUCUUUGUCCCAGAAAGCUGCAGGUUAGAAAAGACAGAGAAUUUUGUCACUGGUGCUGGAAAAGUGCUGAAGCAUUCCAGAGUCAAUGUCUGCUGGGCUGCAGUAGGAAUUGCAGUCGGUGCUUAUGAUUCAUGUUUGAAAUACGUAUCUAAUAGAAAACAAUUUGGCAAAACUAUUUCUUCCUUCCAACUCAGUCAGGAGAAGAUUGGAAGAAUGAUGGGAAAUAUUAAUGGAAUGAUUCACUAUGCUGCAAGAAUUACUCAAUUGUACUACGACGGAAAAGCAACAAUGGGUCAGAUAGCUCUUUGCAAAGCUUGGUGUACCUUAAGAGGAAGAGAAGUCGUAGCCCUUGCUAGGGAACUUUGUGGAGGAAACGGAAUAAUCCUCGAAAACGGAGUUAUGAAGCACUUCAUAGAUAUGGAAGCUAUCUAUACCUACGAAGGAUCCUAUGAUAUUAACAUUCUUGUUGCUGCAAGAGAGCUCACAGGUAAAGCUGCUUUUAAGUAAAAAUUACGUCAUAUCAUUUCUAUA